AAACGUAGCACUUACGAAUAAGUUGGGUUUCAUCGUUUGUGCUGUCUGUAGGGGGGCCAACUUCACGGAGCUGCCUUAUCGAUGCCUCUUCUGAGUCAACCUAAACGAUACAUCACGUAAACUGACAACUGAAGUAUCCAAUUGUAUCUCCGCACAGUUUACAGCGUCCAAUCAGUUUUGUGUAGAGGUUGUCCUGUGCAAGGUAGGUGGGCUUAACAGCCUGAGAUAAAUUGGUCCGGUCUCAUACCUCAGGCUUGGUACAGCGGAGGUAGUAGCUGCUGUGGUAAGAGCCAGUCAUUAAGUUGAAUGCUCCGUGAUUUGGGUUUAUUCCUGUGCAGAGCACAGCGCACUGCUUAACUUGUACGAGGCUUCGUUCAUCUCCUAACAAACAGCCACCUAUGGAAGAGAUGGAAGAAGAAUUAAAAUGCCCUGUUUGCGGAUCGUUUUACCGGGAGCCCAUCAUAUUGCCGUGCUCCCACAAUAUCUGCCUGGCGUGCGCUCGGAAUAUUUUAGUGCAGACCCCAGACGCCGAAUCACCGCAGAGUACUCGGGCUUCUGGCUCGGGGGUUUCCGACUAUGACUACCUAGAUUUGGAUAAAAUGAGUUUGUACAGUGAGGCGGACAGCGGCUAUGGCUCGUACGGAGGCUUCGCUAGUGCCCCGACCACCCCUUGCCAGAAAUCCCCGAACGGGGUGCGGGUUUUCCCCCCUGCCGUCCCUCCUCCUCCUCCCCAGCACCACCUGCUACAGCACCCCGGCUCUCUGCCUCCCAUCCCUCGCAACUCCUGCAUCACCUGCCCGCAGUGCCAUCGAAGCCUAAUCCUGGACGACCGGGGGCUCCGCGGUUUCCCCAAGAACAGGGUGCUGGAAGGGGUGGUCGACAGGUACCAGCAGAGCAAAGCGGCCGCACUGAAGUGUCAGCUUUGCGAAAAGAGCCCCAAAGAAGCUACUGUGAUGUGUGAGCAGUGCGACGUCUUCUACUGCGACCCUUGCCGUCUGAGAUGCCACCCUCCCCGGGGCCCGCUCGCCAAGCAUCGCCUCGUACCCCCGGCUCAGGGGAGGGUUAGCCGCAGACAGAGCCCCCGAAAAAUUUCCACCUGUACCGAGCACGAAUUGGAGAACCACAGCAUGUACUGCGUCCAGUGCAAGAUGCCUGUGUGCUACCAGUGUCUGGAAGAGGGCAAGCACUCCACGCAUGAAGUCAAAGCGUUGGGGGCCAUGUGGAAACUUCACAAGGGCCAGCUGUCUCAGGCUCUGAACAUCCUGUCGGACAGAGCCAAGGAGGCGAAGGAGUUCCUGGUGCAUCUGAGGAACAUGGUUCAGCACAUCCAGCCUGCAGAUGCCCCAGAGACGCCCUUAGUGACAUCAGGUUGGGGAGCAUUGCAGGAGAAUGGGGUGGAGUUUGAGGCCUGCCUGGUGGCACAGUGUGAUGCUCUCAUCGACGCACUGAACAGGAGGAAAGCCCAGCUGCUGUCUCGGGUCAACAAGGAACACGAGCACAAACUCAAGGUCAGGAACCUGAGAAAGAACAGCUUUUUGGCUACUUGUGCACAUGCUGUGUGGUGUAAGUCUCAUCUGGACA